GAGGUUAUGUUUAGCGAAAAAGUGUUUAUUUAUGCCAGUAAACGUCGCACAGUAAUAAAUGAACACGAAAUUAAUAAAUUUCAUAAUGUCGUGUGUGUUCGGAACCUCCGACUAUCUCUACAAUUAAAUAAGUGUGUGAAAUAAGUGAAUCUUUAGUAAAAUAAUCAGAUUAGAUUGAUACCGCUUCUCGUUGAAGGUUAUGUCAAGAUAAUAAAAAAAUCUUUCUUGACUGAAAAUAAUGUAAAAACAAGCAUUUAACAGUGAUAUUUAUUCCUCGAGACCCCGAAAUACUCAAAAUGGAUAAAAUGGAAGACAUCGAAAUGGCAGAUUCUACCGGAAAAGUGGAAAGUGUUCCGAAAGAGUCAAACUCCGAAAAUUCAGUGCGUGAAUUUAGUGUACCUCGAAGUAUUUCCUCAAACGACAAUUCCAAUUCGGAUUCGGAAGUAUCCGAAUGUAGUGAAAUUGAUUCCAUCACUUCGGAAUCUUCUCAACAUACUUUCAAGGUGCCGGAUUCUCUCAUGGGCCAUCGAAAGGGAAGAUCCAGGUCGUCCAGAGUCGAGUCUCCAACCGAUCCUUGCCACAGUAUCACUCCUGCGGAAUGGUUCUUAGAAAAAUCCGACGAGGCUCCUCCGAGUCCCGAAAACUCCGAGGAAAUGGACAAUUUGGAGCGGGAAAUAAGACUGGAAAAAUCUAAACAAAUUCAGAUAGAGAAGGAAAAAGAGAUUCAGAAGGAAAAGGAGAAGAUCGAGGCGGAAAAGGAGAAGCAGUUAAAAAUCGAAAAACAAAAACAGGCAAAGGCAGAAGUUCCCUUGCCGUAUAAAGAGCCGGCGUGGAGUGGAAAACCGGACAAGGAGUACAAAGCGGAAGUUUUGAAGUCUGGAUUGAUUUUAGAAGUGAUAGAUUUAAGCAAAAGUAAUUUUUAUGUUGUGGGGCGGCUACCAGUUUGUGAUAUUUCUCUCGCUCAUCCGACGAUUUCUAGAUAUCAUGCAGUUUUUCAGUAUCGAAGUGAGCCGGACGAGAAAAACGAAAAGGGUUUGUACUUGUUUGAUUUGGGAAGCACUCACGGUACUUUUUGGAAUGGGAAUCGCAUAAGGCCGAACAUGUAUGUGAGAAUUAGGGGCGGGCAUAUGGUGAAAUUUGGAAAUAGUCAGAGGAAGUUUAUUAUGCAGACUCCACCUGAAGAAGAGGAGGAAGAAUCGGAAUUGACAGUUACUGAAUUGAAGGAGAAACGAAGAUUGGAACUGGAAGAGCGAAUGAAAGUGGAGAUGGAGCGUCGUAGAGAUGAAGAAUUGGCAGAAAAAUUGCGACUCGAGAAAGAGGAGAAUGAGGGAGUCGAUUGGGGAAUGGGUGAAGAUGCUGAUGAAGAAACAGAUUUGACAGAAAAUCCUUAUGCCCAGACGAAUAAUGAGGAACUCUUUUUGGACGAUCCGAAAAAAACUUUACGCGGUUGGUUUGAGCGUGAGGGUCAAGACUUGCAAUAUCAAGCUGAUGAAAAAGGAAUUGGACGAUUCAUGUGUUGGGUUGAUUUGCCGAUUGAAGAUUAUGUGGGACGAACAAUAAGAGCAGAGGCGACUGUAAAAGGAAAGAAAAAAGAAGCGGUUGUUCAGUGUGCUUUAGAAGCUUGCAGAAUUUUAGACAGGCAUGGACUCUUGAGACAAGCUGUUCACGAAGGCAGAAAGCGUAAAACUCGAAAUUGGGAGGAUGACGAUUUUUACGAUUCGGAUGAAGAUAAUUUCCUGGAUCGAACUGGAACAGUCGAGAAGAAAAGAGAGCAAAGGAUGAGACAGGCUGGAAAACUGAACUCGAAAGCUGAAACUUACACUUCACUCACCGAAAAGCAUACGGAAGUUGCGAAGCAAAUCGCAGAUAUUGACAAUCGUCUGAAGCAAUCUCAAAAAGCACUUGACUUGGAAGCAGCUGGCUCGAAUGUAGAUGCAUUGGAUGCUUUUAUGACAAAUUUAAAGAGCACAACAAUCUUGAACAAAAGCGAAACAACUAAACUGAAAAUGGAUUUAGUAAAAUUACGCAAGGAAGAAGAACAGAUGUUGAAAUUAAUCGAGAUUUCAAAACCGGCAAAUCUGCCGGCCUUGAAUCCUCAAAUUCCGAAUUCCGAAUCGACUGGGAACGAAGAAAAAUCUUCACUCAAGCCGAAUAAAAUCGAAAAGGAACUCAAAGACUCAACUCCAGGAAAAGACGAACCAAAAAAUCUGGAGAUUAAAAACGAUGCCCAAAAUGAGAAAGAUUCUCUCAAAAGUGAUUCCAAAGAGCUAGAAGAAUCAAAUAAAAAGUUUAAGUCGGCUCCCGAAGUCUCAGAGCCGAAGAUAAAAAUGAUGAGAAUGGUGAGAAAGAGUGAGGAAAUUAGCGAAAACAAUAGGAAAGUAAGUGGAAAAAGUUUUGGAAGUUGCGAGCCGAUGGAAGAAGACGAGAACGGUGAUAAGAAUGACAUAUCGAAAGAUAAAAAUGCGGCGGAAGAAGAUAGGGAGGAGGAAGAAGAGAAGGAGGAGGAGGAGGAGGAGGAGGAGGAAGCUUUGAAGCGAAAAAUGCGUAAUUCAAAGCGAACUAAACAGCGAGCUUUGAAGGCAGAAAAGGAGAAAAUAAAAAGCUACGAGGACGAAAAGUUUAAGGAUGAUUAUUGCACUUGGGUGCCGCCGGAAGGACAGAGUGGAGAUGGAAAAACGUCACUCAACGAAAAGUUUGGAUAUUAAAGUACAUAGAUCUUCUCUUUUUCCAUUUUUUCCUGCAACAGUAUAAUGUGCUAAAAUCAUUGAACUAUAAUUUGUAUAUAGAUGUAAGUAAGCAUUAAAUAAAUAUUGUGUAGC